AUGCGGUUGAAGACCUUGCUAAACCGUUUGGCAGCCCCGACGAGAUGCGUUAAAUGGCUAGCAAACGUCUACUGGUCCAGCGGUCAGCCGACGCGGCGGCUCAAGCUGCCGUCACUCCUGGAGAAGUAUCGGCGGCCUCAUUGCCCAGCACCGGGGUCGUGCGGCCAGGUGCGCCAGAUGCGUCCCCUUUGGCAACAGAAGCGCGUUUGCGAGACCCAACGGUUGUCCCACGCCAACCAGCUCCGUUACCGUCACCUGAACGACCUUGGCUUUCGCGCCCCAUCUGUGGACGGGGGAGGCUCUGGCAGCACGGCACAGCUUAGCCGUCUCCUGCUGCUACAAGUAUCCAAACAGGAGCAUAUGAUGUUCUCCGGGAUGACGUCGUAG